UCAAUUACACCUUGAUUUUAACUUACUAUUUUUGAAUGUAUAUUUGUAGUGUAUUUUUUUUUAAAUUCCAGUACGAUGGUAGCUCUUCAGUUUUUUUGGGUGGUCGAUUUUAUACUGGUGCGCUUCGUUUCCCCCUUUGAUCAUUUCGUUAUAGGGACCAUCAUUUCGGUAUAACCCCAUAUAACUGCAACACAAGCUAUUCGGAAAUUUUUAAAAUUAUAGCGGCAAUUAUAACUUUUUUUAUUUUAAGUAUAACAAAUUCAUUCCAAAUGGUGGCGACUAUUAAAAGCUCGGACCGGUCGAACAUAGUGUCUUUUUAUUUGUUUUGUUUAUUUUUGUUUCAAGAUACGUGAAAAUAUGGUCCAUAAAUAUCGUUCCAUUGUAGGGAUAUUUCUUUACGGCACGUCGGGUAUUAGGUAAGGUCCAAUUUCUGUCACUCAAGAUGUGGCAGAUUUUCAUCAGUUUUCCGUCAUGUUUCCAAAUCCUGUGUCAGACACAGAGAUAUUUCAGGAGAAACAAAGGUCGUAUUUAUAUCGAAGUUAUGGCAAUAACCAACAAUAGCACCAAUUAUAAAGGCGUUCUCAACGUUUUUACAGCUUUAGUUUAAUGAAACAUCUGCAUGAUUUUUUAGAUUUAUGCAGUGCCGCACAAAGCUCACAUAACCGCAAUAUAUAAUGUUUACAAACGCUGGUUUUGUAGUUAAUUAUAAGUUUUGAGUAAUCCGAACGAAAAUAAUUGAAAUAAUUUUUAUUGCAAAUCAUACCGCAAUAAACUGUCAUACGGUGCAAACGACUCGGGGAAAAGGCGAAAUUUUGAAAUAUUCGACAGGAUUUGAUCGCAGAAUGUUUUGUUGCUACUGUUUUUUAAGUGAUGCUGAUAUCCAGAACAAAAAGAUUAAUAACGAAAUCAAGCGGAGCAAACGCGAUGAAGGGACCAAGUUCAAGCUUUUACUAUUGGGUACCGGAGAAUCGGGAAAAUCAACAUUUAUACGACAAAUGCAAAUUAUCUACAAAGAUGGGUUUACUGACGAGCAACGACGUGAUUAUAUUCACAGCAUUAAACAGAACAUUUUAAACGCAAUGCAAACAAUGGUCGCAGCUAUGCGAACCCUAAACAUAGAGUAUGAAAAUAAGGCCAAUAAACGAAAUGCCGAGAUAAUUGCUUCUGCUGAUUUUGACACGUUCUCCUGUUCUCUGGAAACGUAUCUAUUGUAUAUAAAGGAAUUAUGGCAAGAUGGCGGAAUUCAAGAAUGUUUUCGGAAUCGUAACAAGUAUCAACUAAUUGACUCGGCCAGAUAUUUUAUAGAAAAUGUAGACCGCAUAGCGGAACCAUCUUAUCUGCCAACCGAUAGCGAUAUCCUAAAUGUGAGAAUAAAAACAACUGGUCUGAUUGAUUACUUUUUCAGGGUGGAGAAAGUACAAUUUCAAAUUACCGACGUCGGUGGACAGCGUUCGGAACGUAAGAAGUGGAUGCAUUGUUUCGACACCGUGAAAGCUAUCAUAUUUUUGACAGCUAUUUCCGAGUAUGACCAAGUGUUGCGAGAAACUGAUCAACUAAAUCGUCUCACUGAAUCGAGAAAUGUCUUUCAUAAAAUUUCCAACAGCCAGUGGUUCCACGAUACGGCCAUUGUAGUGUUUUUCAAUAAAAUUGACUUGCUGAACGAGAAAAUAAUGUACUCGGAUCUGGAUGCGUACUUUCCUGAAUUUACCGGACCCAAGAAGAACUAUGAAGCUGCGAAGGAUUUCAUAGCAAAUAUGUUCCUGAAAGAUUUGCCGCGGCAGAAAACCUUUAAACAUUUCACGUGUGCCACCGACACAAAUAAUAUUAAAGUUGUAUUCGAUGUUGUACGUGAUUCAAUAUUAAGCGAUAACUUAAAUAAAAUUGGCUUGUAUUAGUCACUUU